AUGUCAGGCUUUGAUAAAUUCCUCAAUCCUGCAUUCUGUGCGAAUAACAUAAACUCGCCAUGUCCCAACAAGACCUCCAAGGCUAACAAUGCUUGCAGCCGCUGCUACUUAGUUGUGUACUGUAGCAGAGAAUGCCAAAAGGAACAUUGGCCGGUGCACAAAGAAGAUUGUAACAAUAUUCUAGCAAAGGAUACAUGGAAGCCAGAUUGGCAUACUGAAGAUCGAGACCCAACUUUCUUCCAAACGGACCCAUCUGAACCGAAUUCAAAUGCCAACAAAAUGUCAUGGUGGGGAAACAUGCCAGCAUUAGAUUUGCUGAAACUGGAUGGAAAUGAAGGCCAGGAUGCAUCUUCCAAGAUGCGUAUUCUCCUCACAUCAUCACACGAUAUUCGAAACAUACUCGAAACAGUCGCUCGUUUGCCAGAUACAUACUCGGGGGAAUGUGACAUCGCGAUGAAUGGCGUCAGCUUUGGGGUUUUCGCACAGAACAUUGUCCUGGUUUUGACGGCUUUCCAUUUUCCACCAGAGGAAGCCACUCCUAUCAUGAUUCACUUGUGGUAUUCAGCAUUGAUACCCACAUCUGUUCUCACAGCACUUCAAACCAAGCUCCUGCCGUUGAUUGAGAAAGUCUGCACCGAAGCUGCACUGAAACGUCCCAAGCGGCUUUUCAAAUGGGUCUGGAAGAAGAACAAAUCAUCCUUACAACUAGAACUUCUGAGAGAUGAGUGGGAACGUCUUCGAUACACUCUUCGGUUUCCUGGUCGUUUUCCUGCUUCUGAAGCUACCCGGAACCGACAAGAGGUUGUAUUGGCAGACAAAAGAGUAGAUUCACUCCACAGGACUCUGCACGCGCAGCCUCGAUAUUGGCGUCUCUCCACGAUGAAGUUCCGCCGUGAUGGAAUAUUGUUGCCGUUUGGAUGCUCACGUAAAGAAUUUGACACUCCUAACCCGAUUCUCUUCUCUGCUAGUCGUUCUUGGCCUAUGCCAGACUCUGCAGAUCCGCGCAGCAGCUGGGACAUUCGGGAGGUAUGCACUGGAGCGUACAUCGCAAAUUAUCCUGCGAAGAAUGAUCUAUACGGCAUGCUAUUCAUCCACCUCCGAGAGACUUUCUUGCGUUUCUGUCGUCAACUUAGGAAGCGGAAUAUUACCAUCCGACUUAUUUCUAUCGAUACAUUGAGUCUGCCGGGAUAUUUCAAAAAGCUAGAACAUCCAGGAUUUGACAGAAUUGAGACAUACAUCAAUGCAGAAAAGGACGUGCUUGGGAUCGAGAUCACCCUCGCCCUAAAUAUCCCGCUGCUGAAGCCGAAAAUUGAAAACCCGAAGGCCAUGAUUCUUGUCCUCUUUGUCUGCGACAUUGAGGAAAUGUUUAGUUUUGACACAAUGGACCAGGACGUCGCUCGUGUUGCAAAAUACCUCCCUGAACCCGAAACAACGGAUUACAACGAUGCAGACCAAAUGAGAAGAAGGAGAUCAAGCUCCUUCGUCUGCAAUGUCAGUAAAUUGUUUGAUCUUUACAAAAAGGCCCAUGGCUUCGAUAAAAUCCCGGAAAAAUAUGGAUUGAAGAUGAGGGGAAACAACACAAUCGUGGCCCACUGGCUAAUGCGGCCUGGAAAGAACGCGCCGCAAGAGGUGUUUGAUAUCCUCGAGGGAUCCGGGGCCACUGGCUUCGAGCGCUACGUCGAGUGGGAAUGGGCAUAA